AUGGAUCAAGUAUUAACCGGCUACAGUUGCCUAAUACUGGGACUCUGCCUUACACACAUUGUGCUUGCGCAAUUGACAUUUGAGGUCGGUGUGGAAGUAAGCAAUGAUGGUGGGGUAAAGGGAACUGUGGACCUGUCAAAGGACUUCGGUAACGGACUCAGUGUUAACGCCGGAGGCAGCGUGGACUCCAGUGGAAAUUGGGGAGCGAGAGCAGAGCUCAAAUUGAGAUUGGAAAGGUCUCUGAAGUACUUUCAAAGAUUCAACGUGACGCUUAUAGCUGAUCCAUGUGAAUUCGACUUCUAUGAUCAAGAUAAAGAUGGCAGAAUUUCAAGGAAAGAAAUGUUUUCAAUCUUUGGAAAUAACAUUGCGGCUGCUAUGCUGUUUGAUGCUCUGGACAAAGAAAUCAUUGAUGGUACGAUAACCAAGGCGGAGUUUGAUAAUUUAGCUGCUGAAAUCAUCAACGAUUGCUUCCGGAGCAGCCUUUAACAGAGAGGAAUGGCCAAUUAUCUGGGAUAAAUGCCAAUUAACGUUAACAUGUUUUCAUUGAAAUGAAUUUUUCCAUCACGACAAAGAUGAUUUGAUAACCUAUAAAUAAAGCAAAAGUUAACAAGCGUCUUUAAAUUCUUGUUCCAGGGAAAUCGUGUUUCAAUGAUCGUUCUUAUGCGGUAUUUCAAUCAUAUUUUAAUAAGAUAUUUCGAUGCAUGAGUAGUUCUGUGUCGUUUGAGUAUCUCGUUAAGAGUCGUUCGGGCACCUACCUUAAAAUUCCAAACAGGGUUUAUACGUACGUGUAUGACUUCUUGGCUUUCAUGUAGUUUUUAUUGUAUUAUUGUGUUG